CUGAAGCCUGCAGGGAUGAAGCAGUUCAUGGUCUUGCUUCAGAAGAGUGACCUCCAGGAUGUCCCCCCAUCCGAGCUGCGGGAUGAGGCAGGAAGGCUUUGCCAGCGUCUUCAGCACUCCCCCGCUGGCCUGGAGAAGCUGGUGAGAGCCAUGGUACAGGGCAGGCACUGGCCACACCUCUGUACCAGUCUCCAGGUUGUCCAGGCAUUUGUAUCGGUCCAUCUCCAGAAGAAUCAGCAUGACAUGGCCUGCAAACUUCUGGAGGGUUGCGCAGCAAUAGAGAGAGAGCAGCUGGUGAAGCUUUGGCAUGAGAUUCACUACCAUAAGACCAUGGAGAAGCAGCAGACGACCUCCUUGACUCCUGUCCAGAAAUACAGGUGCCGUAAAAGGAAUCCCCCUCCAGCAUCCCUGUGUCCCGACGGAGUGAAGAACAGGAACUAUCCACUGGAUGUGAGGGAAAGGCUGCGAAGGUUUGCUAUGGAGGUGACAACCAACCCAAGCCGGAAGCAGAGGGUAGGAGGCCAGCUCCCUUCUGGGGGCUUCUUGCGAUCUUUCCACAUUGCUGCUGCUCUUUGGAGGCUCUGUGGGAGAGAGAUCCUGGCAGUAGAAGGGUGCAGCUUAAGUCCAGGGUUAUCUCGGAGACAAGGCAGAGGCCUGAGGCCAGAUGAGCACACAGAAGUUGGGUUCUUCAUCCUGUCUUUAAAAUCUGCUGAUGGACGAGCCUGAUUGUGUUUCAUUCCACGGAAUCUGCUGCGGGAGAAGUUUGAGUUUGCCCACAGCUCUGCUGUAGAGGCUUUAUUUUAAAAGCCUCUUUGGCUGCACUUUUUUUUUUUGCACUCUUUUUUGUUUAUGUUUUGAUUAAUUUCAAGAUAGAAAGUCUGGCAUGCUCCCAACUCUACCGUUUGUCUUUAACACCCAAUACAUUUCCUUCAACUGGUAAUGUUUGAAACUGUUUUGUAAUUUUCAUUGUAAGAAGAGAAAUGAAGCCACCGUGCCAUCCCCUUUGGGAAGCUCUCCUGUAUUUUUCAUCUCUUUUUUUUAGGAUUCUUAAUCUCUUUAAUAAUGUUACUUGCUUGUUCUUGUAUUUUCUUGCACAUAAUCAUGUUUUUCUUUUUUUUCUUUUAAGUAUAGGUUCUAGAUAUAUGUAAUAGAAUGGUAUUUGAAUGCUAAAUUGAGUCUUUAUGGAGGUUCUAAGUCUGAGCAAUAUUAGAAAAUAUGUUAAAUAUUUAGAAAAGUUUAU